UUAUACAUCAUCGUGCUUUAGAAAUGUUAUUUGAAGUAUUAUCCGAAUUAAGUACAAGAUUAUUAUCUGCAGGACGUAAACAAUUUUCAGAUAUUGCACCUCAUGUCUUUCAAACAGUUGCUCAGAUUUACUUGGUUUAUGUUGAUCGUACAUUAGCUCAAUUAACUAAUCCUGUUAAUGAAACGUCUUUGUUAGCUGAAUUGAAUAUCGUUUCUAUUUGUGUAAAAUGCUUAAAGAUCUUGACUGUUAGUGGAAUUAAAGAUGUUCAUAAAUAUGACGAAACAAGAGUAAAGUAUAAAUUACAUUAUAUACAUGUAAGCUAACUUUCUUUUUCUCUCUAGACAUUUAUUGAAAUUAGUCGUAAACAUUUAGAACAAUACAUGGAAUGUCGAAAUAUAUUAAUUCAAUUAUUAAAUGGUAAUCAAAGUAAAAUUAAACAAGAGUUGGAAACUACUAUUGAAGAUUAUGGCGCAUUAUAUUUGGGUUUACAAAAGACACAUCCCAUUUCCGCCACAUUAUGUCCAGCUUGGUUAGAUAUUAUUCGUUAUUACUGGCAACAUAUCACGAUGGAGGGGCCACGGAUUAUAACAGGUCAAUCCACCUUAUUCGAAGCCUUUUUAUUACAAGGAUUAUUACUUGUGAAGGAAACAAUUAAAUAUGCGUCAAGUAAACAAAAGAUAGAUGAUGAUAUCUUGUUGUCAGUGACAGAGGAAGAAAAGGAAUUAACAAUUGAAUCCCAUCGUUUAAUCCAUCAGCACUUUUUAACACCCGAGUUUGUGAGUAGAUGUGCAGAAACACUUGUAAGUCAAUACAUGUUAUUGACACCGCGCGAUUUUCAAAAAUGGGAAGAAGAUCCUGAAGGAUGGGCUAAUGAUUUGGAUUCUGAGAAUUGGGAGUUUGAAUUAAGACCCUGUGCAGAAAUGACAUUUAUGAGUUUAUUAAAUAAUUAUAAAGAUCAAUUGAUUCCCAUUUUAUUGAAUUUAGUUGAACGAGUUGCAACGGUGACAGAUCAACCAUCAUUAUUAUUUAAAGAUGCAGUUUAUGGAGCCAUUGGAUUAGGAGUUCACUCCUUAUAUGGAAGGCUUGAUUUUGAACCCUUUGUGAUGAAUCGCUUAGUUGUGGAAUUAAGAGAAAAUAAAGAGAAUCCUAAUUUCAGAAUAUUGCGACGUCGUAUUGGUUGGAUGUUGGGUAAAUGGGUCAAUGAAGGGAUAAGUGCUGAUUGUCGAAAAGUGAUUUAUGAAAUAUUAUUGGAAUUGAUGGCAGAGAAUGAAGAUUUAGUAGUUCGAUUGACAGCUGCUAAUGGAUUGAAACAAGCAGUUGAUGAUUGGGAUUUCGACAUUAGUAUUGUUUUACCCUAUUUGGGUACUGCCAUGUCACUUUUGAUGAAUUUAUUAAAUCAAGUAGAAGAGUCAGAUACGAUAAUGAAAUUAAUUUCUUAUCUCAAUGCUAUUAUGGAUAGAACAGGAUCUGAUAUGAUACCUUAUGCAGGACAAAUUAUUCAAUUACUAACACCCUUAUGGAGUCCAACUAUAGAGCCUUUACUUCAAUCGUCACUUGUUGUUACAUUUACCAAGAUAACUAGUAUUCUUAAUGAACAAUCGACUCAAUUACAUACUAUUCUUAUACCAAUUAUAAGAUAUUGCACAGAUCGUAAUAAUGAAGCACAUAUCUACUUGUUAGAAGAUUCUUUGGACCUUUGGUGGACCAUGUUACAAACAAGCCCACAUAGUAGUUCUGAAAUAAUGUCACUUUUAUUUACAGCAUUAGAAUUAUUAGACUAUGAUACAGAGAAUUUAAGAAAGAUAUUAAAGAUUAUUGAAAGUUAUCUUCUUUUAGAUCCUCAAACGACCUUACAACAUAGUCUUAUUUUAUUUACCAAAUUAGCUUCCAAGAUUGAAAAUGCAAGAGAACAUGUAGUAUCUUAUAUUGUACAUACAACUGACUUGGCAUUACAAAGUGGACCUUUACAAAUCUAUGGAGAAUCACUAGUACAAUCAGGAUUAUUAACUCGUAUAUUAACUGUUUUAGUAGAAGAAAAGAUGUAUGGUUAUACAGUCAUGAAUUAUAUGAAUAUAUUCUCUCGACUAUCCAUUUAUGACGCCAGUUUUGUUAUUCAAGUAAUUCAGUUAGUAGGUCAACAACGAGGAGAAGAUGAAAACUUUUUAGGCCAUGUAUUCGAUACAUGGUUAGAUAAAGUAAGAUAGGUUUUAAACACAUGAAUGAUGAGAAUGGCUUGGUUAAUAAGAUUCAAAAGUUUGAUAAUCUUAGUCAAACAAGAGCAAGAAAAUUAGCAUGUUUAGGUUAUACAAAUUUAAUAUUAACUGGAAAUCCUGUUAUAUUGAACAGAUUAAACACUAUGAUGGCAAUUUGGAGUGAUAUUGGAUUAGAAUUAAAAGAAUCAGACGAAACAGAGUAAGCCUAUUAUUUUAUUUUCGAGUUAAAUCUAAAGGCUUACUUAAAUCUCCCGUCCCUUUUUCUUUCUAGUGUUCUUUACAGUGAAGUAGAUAUGGAAGGAGAUA